UUGAUGGAAUAGUCAUUCAAGAUUCUAACCCUUUUACACUUGAUCCUUUCCACUCAAACAGGAUCUAUAGGUAGGAGUCAUCUCAAAAACUUAAUGCAUAUCUGGAAUGAUAACAACUAAUGUUGGACUUUUGGGAUGAAAUAUAUAAUAAAGGGACUCAUGCUUCAUUGGCCAAGUAAGCAGUAGAGACUUUCUGUGAGGAGGGUUGGACAAAGGUUUAUCUAUUAUUUCUGGUCCAAAAUAUGUCCAGUGGAAGACACUCAGGAAUCCAAAUCCUCUUGUGAUUAAUUAAAAAAAAAAAAACAAACUACAUAGAUUUGUUCCUCAGGAAAAUCUUACUGUUAAAUUGAGGACUAGCAGAUUUUGGAUGUAGAAAUAAAUAUUAGAUCUCUGUUUACUAAGACCAGAGGUAAAUCGCUCAUUUUUAAGUCAUUAGUGCUUCCUUAUUCAUGUUUCAGCUUUCAGAUCUUCACAAAAUGACAAAUUUGUUACAAUCUCUUAUGUCAAUAUGAUCAGCUUACCAAGAGUUCAUACUACUAUCAAGAUCUGUGAGACUUCAAUCAGUUAGCAAGCUAUGUGUCAGCUGGAAAUCAAAUCAAAUUCUGCCGAAUUCAUUUCGCUUCCAGUUGGAAUGGCUAGAUGCCACAGGUCUGCUAUGGACUCCAUCUGGAAAAAGACUUUUCUACCUGUAUCAUUUCUGUAGAACAUUUCAUAGUAGCUAUCUUCAUCAAGACUCACAUGUCCACCAUACCAUCGCCACUCAUAAAUCUACAUGAGAAUGUUAAACGUAAAGACUACAUUGACCAACAGAAAGAUAAAGUUGCUUUAACUCUGGCUCGUCUAGCCCGCCAUGUUGAAGUGGAGAAACAACAAAAAGAAGAGAAGAAUAGAGCAUUCAGGGAAAAAGUUGAUUUUCAUCAUGCUCAUGGAUUACAAGAACUGGAAUUUAUUCGAGGACAUUCAGAUACAGAAGCAGCAAGACUGUGUGUGGACCAGUGGCUAAAAAUGCCAGGACUCAAAUCUGGCACAAUUAAUUCUGGAACGAAAAGUUCAUUCCGAAGAGGAGGCCAAAUGCGGGUAUCUGGGAGACCAAUUUCAUGUCCCAUAAUGCAUUGUAAUAAGGAAUUCGAUAAUGGGCACCUCCUCUUAGGACAUCUGAAACGGUUUGAUCACUCUCCAUGUGAUCCAACAAUUACACUCCAUGGACCUUUCAUCAGUUGCUUUGCUUGUGUAGUAUGUUCUAAAAAAUUUAUUACUCAACAGCAGUAUAGAGAUCACCUUUUUGCUAAGGAAGCCACAGACGAUGGACAUAGCAACAACCUUCUUCCUCAGGUUAUUCAGUGUUUUGCAUGUCCCAGUUGCUUUCUCCUUUUUAACAGCAAGGACGAGUGCUUGAAGCAUAUGUCUGGAAAGAAUCAUUUCCAUCCAAAUUUUAAACUGGGUGAUGAUAAGGGAAUAGCACAUCCAAUAUCAUUUCCAUCUUUUGCAAAGAAACUUUUGAUCUCUCUGUGUAAAGAUGUUCCAUUUCAAGUUAAGUGUGUGGCCUGCUAUCAGACACUGCGUUCCCACAUGGAGCUCACUGCCCAUUUCAGAGUUCGUUGUCGAAAUGCUGGUCCUGUAGCUGUAGCUGAGAAGAGCAUUGCCCAGGUUGCAGAGAAAUUUAUAUUAAGAGGUUAUUGUCCAAAUUGCAAUCAAGUCUUUGUGGAUGACACAAGCACCCGAAAUCACAAGCAGAAUUCAGGACACAAAAUCCGAGUUAUUAACUCAGUGGAAGAAUCAGUUUUACUUUAUUGCCAUACCAGUGAAGGGAACAAACCUUCUUCUGACUCAAAUUUAUUGUUAGAUCAAUCAAAAUGUUCAUCACUUAAAAGAACUGUGUCUAGUAAAGAAUCUAGCUCACAGGAUUGUGGUGCCAUUCCAAUAAAGAAGAUGAAUUUAAAAGGUAAAGGCCACGAAGAUGUGGUUUGUCUCCAGACGGAAAAGCCAGUAGUUAAAACCUGGUUUUGUGAAUGCAGUGAACGAUUCUCAAGUGAAGACGCAGUAGAAAAGCAUGUUUUCUCAGCAAACACAAUGUGUUAUAAGUGUGUGGUCUGUGGAAAGGUGUGUGAAGAUUCAGGAGUCAUCCGUUUACAUAUGAGCCGAAUUCAUGGAGGAGCACAUUUAAAUAAUUUUCUCUUCUGGUGUCGGGCAUGCAAAAAGGAGUUAACAAGGAAGGAUACUAUCAUGGCACAUGUGACUGAAUUUCAUAAUGGACACAGAUAUUUUUAUGAGGUGGAUGAGGUAGAUGAAACGUUGCCAUCAUCCUCUUUGACACUAGUGAAUAAUGUGACUAUUGACAAGCCUCCUUCAGCUGUUACUAAUACUGAUCAUGCCCCAGCAAAUAGUCCUCCAAGGGGUAAAUGGCAAUGUCGAAUUUGUGAAGAUAUGUUUGAUUCUGAAGAAAGUGUGAAACAGCACUGUGUGUCUUUGACAAGUCACCAGUUUCAUCGAUAUAGCUGUGCCCAUUGCAAAAAGACUUUUCAUAAGAUCGAAACAUUACACCGACAUUGUCAAGAUGAGCAUGACAGUGAGAUAAAGAUUAAAUACUUCUGUGGACUUUGUGAUCUUAUCUUUAAUGUUGAAGAAGCAUUUUUGAGUCAUUAUAAGGAACAUCACAGCAUAGAUUAUGUGUUUGUGUCAGAAAAAAAAGAAACUUCAAUUAAAACUGAGGAUGAUUUUCCAGUAAUAGAGACCAGUAAUCUGUUAACGUGUGGUUGCCGCGAGACUUACAUCUGUAAAGUUAACAGAAAGAAAGAUUAUACUAAAUGUCUUCAGAUCAUGCUGGAUAAGGGAAAACUGUGGUUUCGCUGCAGUUUGUGUUCAGCAACAGCACAGAAUUUAGCCGACAUGAAUGCUCACAUUCAUCAAGCACACAGCGAAGAGAAGAAAGAGGAAGAGGAGCAGCGGUAUGUAAUCAAGUGUGGCACCUGCACCAAACCGUUUCACGAUCCUGAGAGUGCACAGCAGCACUUCCACAGAAAACAUUGCUUCUUACAGAAACCCAGUGUGGCUCAUUUUGGUUCUGAAAAAGCAAGCUUGUACAAGUUCACUGGCAGUGCCUUACAUGGAGAGAGAAAACCGAAACAUACAGUAAGCGUUCCCAAAAAUUCAAACUUGGAGAAAGAUGCAGAGAAUGACCUAAGCUGUCCAAAUAUAGAGGAAGAAGAUGUUGAGCUUCCUGAUCUGGAUUACCUGCGGACCAUGACGCAUAUAGUCUUUGUAGAUUUUGAUAACUGGUCAAACUUUUUUGGUCAUCUACCAGGGCAUCUUAACCAAGGGACAUUUAUUUGGGGCUUUCAAGGGGGAAACACCAAUUGGAAGCCUCCACUCAACUGUAAGAUCUAUAAUUACCUGAAUAGGAUUGGAUGCUUCUUCCUUCAUCCCCGCUGUAGUAAAAGAAAAGAUGCUGCUGAUUUUGCCAUAUGUAUGCAUGCUGGCCGUCUAGAUGAACAACUACCCAAGCAAAUUCCUUUCACCAUCCUCUCAGGAGAUCAAGGUUUUCUGGAGCUAGAGAAUCAAUUUAAGAAGACUCAGAGGCCAGCUCAUAUAUUAAACCCUCACCACUUAGAGGGCGAUAUGAUGUGUGCCUUGUUAAAUAGCAUAUCUGAUACCACCAAAGAAUGUGAUAGUGAUGAUAACGUGGGUACAAUAAACACUUCAGUGGGAGAAGAAUUCAGAUCCACAGAAGGUGCUUUACAGUUUAGUCCAACCAGCACUUCCCCCCACCAGCACUUCCCCCCAACUUUACUGAGGUAUAAUGGACAAAUAAAAAAACUGCAUCUUUAACA